UUCCCUUCUUCCAUUCUCUCUCUCUCUCUCUGCGCCUGGAACGCGCAGAUCUCGCCGCAUUGCGGAUCGGAUCCCGAUGGAGGAGUACCCGGAGGAGCUCCGCACGCCGCCGGUGGCGCUCGCCGCCCUCGUCGGUUGCUCCGACCACCACCCGGCCAUCUCCGGCCACCUCCACUCCCUGCAGCCGCCGAUGAACGUCCUCGCCCUCCCCGACUUCUCCAAGGUCCAGGUCGUCCUGGCCAGGAAGGCCAAGGACCCCGCCGCUUCCGGCGACCACCCCCCCGGCGGGAUCCUCCGGCGGGACUGGCUGCUCAAGCACCGGACUAGGGUUCCGGCCGUGGUCGCGGCCAUGUUCGCCGCCGACCGCGUGUCCGGCGACCCCGCGCAGUGGCUCCAGGUGUGCUCCGAGCUCGAGGGACUCAAAGCUGCAGCUCGGCCGCGGAACGUCAAACUGGUGGUCAUUGUUGUGCAAUCUUCUUCUGCAGAUGAAAUUAAUGAAGAUCGAAUGAUUGCUCUACGUAAGCGGGCUGAGGUUGAUUCCAAGUAUCUUGUUACCUAUACUCCCAGUGAUGCUUUAGAACUGACACAAUCUCUCAACAGAUUGGCCAAUACGGUUGUUGAGUUAGCCAAUACAUAUUAUAGAGAUGAAGGGCGAAGGAUAAAAACACGGGUCGAGAAGAAGAGCUUCAGCUCAAUUGAAUUAAAUAUACGCUAUUGCUUCAAAGUUGCUGUAUAUGCAGAGUUCCGAAGGGAUUGGGUUGAAGCAUUAAGGUUUUAUGAAGAGGCUUAUCGUGUACUUCGAGAGAUGAUUGGAACUUCGACAAGAUUGCCCCCGAUCCAACGGUUAGUUGAGAUAAAACAUGUUGCCGAACAAUUGCACUUUAAGGUAUCAACUUUGUUACUGCAUGGUGGUAAGAUUAUAGAAGCAGUCACAUGGUUCCGCCAUCAUAAUGCUUCAUACAAAAGGCUUAUAGGAGCACCAGAAGCUAUAUAUCUUCACUGGGAAUGGAUGAGCAGACAAUUCUUGGUAUUUGCCGAGUUGCUUGAGACAAGUUCUGCGACUACUCAAAGCAUUUCGUCUGUUGCUGCAGACAAUCCUGAUAGAGGCUUGACAGAGUGGGAAUUUCGUCCUGCUUAUUACUAUCAGUUGGCAGCUCACUACUUGAAGAAGAAGCGGUCUUCCCUAGACAUUGCCUUGUCAAUGUUGGUCAAUGCAAAUGAAAUUGAUGGUCGUGCUGAAUCUGUGGCACCUUCCACAUUUGUAGGGCAAUUCUCUCGACUACUAGAGCAAGGAGAUGGACUUUCCUUCCAGCCUAUUGACGAUGAGGAGUACAUACAUUAUGCUCUUGCAGAAGGGAAAAGGUUCCAGGAUUCCUAUGAAAUUAUUGCAUUGUUUAAGAAAUCUUAUGAAUCAUAUGGUAACCUCAAAGUUCAGAGAAUGGGAUCCACUUGUGGAUUGGAGAUUGCUAAAGAAUAUUUUUCGGCCGGUGACUUCACAACUGCAAUGCAGUUUUUUGACAAUUUUGCCCAACUAUACAGACAAGAGGGCUGGGUCAUACUGUUGUGGGAGGCCUUAGGUUACUCGAGAGAGUGCUCUAAGAAAAUGGGUGCGGUAAAAAAUUUUGUAGAGAGCUCCCUAGAAAUGGCUUCACUGCCUGUAUCUUCUGAUGACAUCCAGUCUCUUGGAUUCAAGGAAUGUGGUCCAGCUGGUCCUCCAAGUCUUCCAGAGAGAGAAAGUAUUCACAAGGAGGUUUUGGAACUGGUCAGCGGAGAGUCAGGAAUUAGAUCAGUUGAAGAAAGUAACGAUCUAAAUGUGACAGAAGGAAACCCCCUUCAUCUAGAGAUUGACCUUGUCAGUCCUCUUAGAUCAGUGCUUCUUGCUUCAGUGGCUUUCCAUGAACAAACAGUGAAGCCUGGUGCAUCUACGUUGAUGACACUCUCACUUUUAUCUCAAUUACCCCUCACUACUGAGAUUGAUCAGUUAGAAGUCCAAUUCAACCAGUCAGAGUAUAACUUUACCAUCACAAAUGCUGCAAGACCUCAAUCAACUUCAAAGAUCACUAGUGGGCAGCAAAAUAAUCGAGUAGAAAUCGCUGCAUCUUUAUCACUUGUGACCAACAAAUGGCUCCGGCUGACAUAUGGCAUUAAAUCAGAACAAAGUGGAAAGCUAGAAUGUAUAUCAGUCAUUGCAAAACUUGGGCCGCACUUCACCAUAUUUUGCAGAGCUGAAAGUCCUGCGUCCAUGGAUGGUUUACCGCUCUGGAAAUUUGAAGACUGCGUAGAGACUUAUCCUACCAAGGAUCCUGCUCUUGCUAUCACUGGUCAGAAGGUUAUCCAAGUUGAAGAGGCCGAGCCUCUUGUCGAUCUUAAUUUAGGUGAUUCUGGUGCAGCUUUAGUAGGAGAGAGCUUCAUGGUUCCUGUUAGUAUAGUGGCUAGGGGACAUGAUAUCUAUUCUGGUGAGUUGAAGAUCAAUUUGGUUGAUGUAAAAGGAGGGGGCUUGUUUAGUCCUAGGGAAAUAGAAUCAUCUACCAUGGACGGUCAUCAUGUUGAGCUCCUGAGUGUUGCCGGAGCAGAAUGGGAAGACGAAUCUCAAAAAGAAGCUGAUAAAAUUAACAAUAUCCAACAGUCCUUUGGAUUAGUUUCCAUCCCAUUUCUUAAAAUUGGAGACACAUGGUCCUGCAAAUUAGAGAUCAAAUGGCAUCGACCAAAACCCAUCAUGCUAUAUGUAUCACUUGGCUAUUCUCCUCAUGGAAAUGAAUUCAAUGCUCAGAAGAUUCAUGUCCAUAAGAGCUUGCAGAUUGAAGGAAAGAACCCAGUUCUAAUCAGCCAUCGCUUUAUGCUGCCAUUCAGGCGUGACCCACUGUUACUCUCAAAGAUGAAGGCGGUUUCUGAAAAUAACCAGUUCACAUCCUUACCCCUUAAUGAGACAAGUAUACUAAUCUUAAGUGCUAAGAAUUGUACAGAGGUUCCUUUGCAGGUGGAGUCAUUGUCUGUAGAAGUGGAUGAAGAUUGUGCUGCUACCUCAUGUUCAAUAAAACCUGGAAGUGAGGUUCUUGCAAAUUCUGGCCUUCUUGUGCCGGGAGAGGAGUUUAGGAAGGUUUUCAUGGUGAUUCCUCAGGUAAACUCUUCAACACUUGGGAUGGGAACUGUGUUGCUUAGAUGGAGGAGGGAUCCAGGAAGUGGAGAGCAGGUCAGUUGUAUUCAAGAAGAUAGUGUUCUGACGAGACACAAGCUACCCGAUGUGAAUGUGGAGUUAGCCCCCUUGACUAUUACCUUGGAAUGUCCUCCUUACGGCAUUCUUGGAGAUCCGUUCACAUACUUCAUCAAAAUUCAUAACCAGACGCAGCUCCUUCAAGAGGUGAAGUUCUCACUGGCAGAUUCCCAAAGCUUCGUUUUAUCUGGGUCGCACAAUGGUACUGUCUAUGUCCUUCCAAAGUCUGAGCACAUCCUUAGUUAUAAGUUAGUGCCACUGGCUUCAGGGUCACUGCAGCUGCCGAAAGUUACUCUGACUUCAGUAAGAUAUUCGGCUGGUUUCCAGCCAUCGGUUAAUGCGUCUACCGUCUUUGUUUAUCCAUCUAAGCCCCACUUUAAGGUGGCUGAUCAGAGAGAGAGUAGGACUGAAUCGGUUGCGGCAAAGUAAAGUGGCAACAACCGCACUAGCUGAACUGGAACAUGCUCGUGAUUAUUGGUUAGCUUAGUUUGUGGCUAGAUUCAUUCCUUGGAGCCGAAGAGCUGGGGCUUCCCAUCUUUUGGGCGACAUACUUUUAUUAACCACAACCAUAUAGAGGACGCGGGAAGUCGUCACGGCUAUUCUUCCAAGAAAGCCAGCAGGAAAUGGCAGGGGUUUUGUCGGGGAGGAUCAAAAGAUGGGUCUCGGUUGGUGAUUGGGAAGACCUGGUAUAGAAAUAGAUUUUUUUUUUGAGUUAUAUGCUGAAGUGAAAACCCUUUUCUCAUUGUGCAAAGAUACUUGAAUCAAGAAGAAAGGCCACAAGGCAUUCGAGAUAAUGCCACAGGUUUCUAAAGAGGCGAUGACGAGAUGAGACUAAACUCUGGAGUAUCGGGUUUCAUCCAGCCGGUCAAUCGUCUAAGCUUCGGAGGAUACACAAACCGUCACGGGCAAAAAAAUUCGGUCUUCUCCGUCGGUAUUUGAUGUCUCUUUCGAGAUGUGGUCGAGGUCUUUGAUGGUCCCCGGUUGAAAUGCUUAUUGUCUCCUAUUAUUCAUGGGGCCGUGCUAGUGCUAGUCUUCCUUCCCUUUGGAGGGGCGGCCUCAAAUUUGAAUAUUCUCACAUGCUUCGAAACUGCAAUUUGGAAGAUGAGUUCCGUUGGACUUUUUA